AUGGUAGUAGGCGUUUUUCCAGCUCUCAAGUUAGGAGUGUUGUUUGUUAAACAAAUUAGUAAACCUAUAGCAAAGUUUCUCGUUAGUCAAGCGAAAAAUCAUCCUGUAUUUAGAACCUAUUUUAUUAUACCUCCAGCACAGUUUUAUCACUGGGCUGAAGUUAAAACCAAGAUGUAUGUAAUGAAUCUUGGUAAACCUACAAAAGUUGCCAAACUAAACGAGGCUAUGGCAAUAGAGUUAGGGGCAAAUCUGAUGGGUGAGGUUAUCAUUUUUAGUGUUGCUGGUGGUUGCUUAGUGUUAGAAUAUAAUCGUCAAGUUGCAAAAGAAACGAAAAAGGAAGAAGCGCGCCUUGAACAGAUACAGAAGUUUACUGAUGAUAUUGAAAAUUUAAAUAAAAUUACAUCUCGACAACAAGCUGAAAUAGAAUACCUACAAGAAGCUGUUCAAGUUUUGUCAAACCAUACAAAACACAAAUUGCCUUCCAAACGUAUAAUCACAGAAACAAGUGAUCCAAAAGAUCAAAGUUAUACAAAUGGAAAACAAGAUACAAGUACAAAUGUAAGAACAAACAUGGAAAUAUAUGGUAGAGAAAAUGAGAAGCAGUCGUUGGUUGAGAAGGCUAUAGUAUAUUAUCAAACUGAUGUAAAAGCAGAUAAAUUUAAUUAA